GUUUCUGGUAUUUUGAGUACAAAUACCAUAAAUAGUUACGUUUAAUUAACCUCAUCAGCCUCUCUUUCUAUAUCUCUCUACUUUCUAGGGCUCCUUCACUCUCUCUUCAGCACGGCCGCCAUGGCGAACUACGACCUGACACCGCGAAUCGCUCCCAAUCUGGAUCGACAUCUGGUGUUCCCACUCUUGGAGUUCCUCCAAGAACGCCAAUUGUACGCAGAUGAAUACAUCCUCAAAGCCAAGAUCGAACUCCUCAACAAUACCAACAUGGUCGACUACGCCAUGGAUAUUCACAAGUCUCUCUACCACACCGAAGACGUCCCCCAAGAGAUGAUGGAGAGAAGAGCGGAGGUAGUGGCGAGAUUGAAGGCGUUGGAGGAAGCGGCUGCACCGCUGGUUACAUUUUUGCAGAAUCCAAAUGCGGUUCAGGAGUUGAGGGCUGAUAAGCAGUACAAUCUUCAGAUGCUCAAUGAUCGAUACCAGAUUGGUCCAGAGCAGAUAGAUGCAUUAUAUCGUUAUGCGAAAUUUCAGUUUGAAUGUGGAAACUACUCUGGUGCCGCUGAUUAUCUGUAUCAGUAUAGGGCCUUGUGCACAAACAGUGAAAAGAGUUUGAGUGCAUUAUGGGGAAAGCUUGCAGCUGAGAUAUUAAUGCAAAAUUGGGAUAUUGCUCUUGAAGAGCUUAAUCGGUUGAAAGAAAUUAUUGACUCAAAGAAUUUUUCAUCUCCUUUGAAUCAAGUGCAAAGUAGAAUAUGGUUAAUGCAUUGGAGUUUGUUCAUUUUUUUCAACCAUGAUAAUGGCAGAACGCAGAUCAUCGACCUAUUUAAUCAGGACAAGUAUCUGAAUGCCAUUCAGACUAAUGCUCCUCAUCUUUUGCGUUAUCUGGCCACUGCAUUUAUUGUUAACAAGAGGAGAAGACCUCAAUUUAAAGAUUUUAUAAAGGUUAUCGAGCAAGAGCAGUACUCUUAUGAGGAUCCCAUCACAGAGUUUUUGGCAUGCGUAUACGUCAAUUACGACUUUGAUGGGGCGCAAAAGAAGAUGAGAGAAUGUGAAGAGGUUAUAUUGAACGACCCAUUCCUGGGCAAACGAAUUGAAGAAGGCAACUUUUCAACUGUUCCUCUGAGGGACGAGUUCCUUGAAAAUGCCCGUCUUUUCAUUUUUGAGAUCUACUGCAGAAUACAUCAGCGCAUUGACAUGGGAGUGCUUGCUGAGAAACUAAAUUUGAAUUAUGAGGAGGCGGAGAGAUGGAUUGUAAAUCUUAUACGAACCUCAAAGCUCGAUGCUAAGAUCGAUUCUAAGUUGGGUACUGUUGUCAUGGAACCUAACCAUCCCAAUGUUUAUGAGCAGCUUAUUGAUCACACCAAGGCACUGUCAGGGCGUACUUACAAACUAGUCAGUCAGCUCCUAGAACAUGCUCAGGCACAGCCUGCGCGAUAAGUUUGUUUGUUUGUUUUCCGUUUUGGGGCUUCUGGAGAUUGCUUUUCAGUGAGGCUUAAAUUAAGAUUAGAGCAAUAUAUUCGACAUUUUUCAGCUAUCUGUUUCAGUUGAUAACUCUGGUUAGAUUUUCAGAGAUUAAUUAAUGUAUGUUAAUUUUGGAGGAAUCACCCAGUUCUUUUCA